AUCUAGAGCCGCGGACUCGCGGAGCCUUUUCAUUUCGCCCCUAGCGGUAGUGCGGAGGACGGAGUAUAGUUCGCUUCCAGUCUACUUUGUUUGCAAUUUCCGGGCCUUGCGUCUCUGUGUGUGUCUGUGCUGGGUUAGCUGAAUAUGGUCUAUGGGGGUAAGCCAAGCACCGGAUGUUACCUGUGUCGAAAGCGGAAAAUCAAGUGCGAUGAAGCCCGCCCCAGUUGUCGAAACUGUGCUGUCUAUAGACAACCAUGUCCAGGCUACCGGCCAGACGCGGUCUUCCGCAACGAAACCAGGAAAAUUGAGAGGCUAGCAAAGAAAGAUGCAAGCUCUAGCUCCAGUUCCAGCUCUAGCUCUAUUGCCAGUUCUUCUACUCCCACAAGUAAAACAAACACGCCAACAGCUCAGUCUCCAACUCUCACAGAGACACAAGCACGCCAACCUCAAGAGUCAGCAUUAACACUCCAGCGCGUCCAAGAUUCAACCUGGGAACAGCGUGCACUAUGUUACUUUUUCGAUCAAUACACCAUCACCGGCGAAGGCGAAGAUGGCAUGGGCCAUCUCGAGUAUUUACCCUCGCUAUAUGCGCGCUGUGGCGAGGUAAGCCCGCCAGGCGAGUUAUCACCAUCCGUCUGUCUUCGGUCAGCGGUGAAUGCAACGGCGCUGAUGACGCUGGCUAAUGUGGCACAUGCGCCGCCGUUGAUGAUCAAGGCGCGGCAGGGUUAUGGGAAGGCGAUUCGCAGCCUGCGGGCGGCGCUGGCUUCGCCGAGUCAGGCGGUUCAGGAUGAGACUUUUGCUUCUGUGGUGCUUUUGUCGUUGUUUGAGGAUAUCACGGGUGAACGGAAUGGCUUGUUUAGUUCUCAUACGGCUGGGUUUGAGUUUCUUAUGAAGUUGCGAGGUCAGGAUCAGUUGGGUCAUCAGCAAGGGCGUGAUAUGUUUAAUUUUGCAUAUACGCAUACGUACGUUGAGAUCCUCGCAUUGGGAGACAAACCCCGAUGCGAUUUCGACUGGGUCAUGGACAUGCUGGAUGAGAACGACCCAAUUGAGAGUCUUAUGCUUGCAGCAACAAAAAUGAGUCAACUUUUUCUAUCAAUGCAAGCUGCCCCCAACCCACCCGACCAGACGACCGUCGAAUCCUGGAUCGCCGCUGGUUUAGAGUGCGAUUCUGUACUCUCCCAAUGGACCCUUCACCUCCCAGAUCGCUGGCUCCCAUUAGCCGUCUACUCCCCCCAAGGCGAACCCCUUCUCACCUACAACCGCAUCUCCAACGCCGGGGUCUGGGGUUACUACCGUGCUGUCCGCGUGAUGCUACAGCAACUCCUCCUCAACCUCAACCGCACUCUCACCUCUAUAACACAAAAGAACCAACAGCCCGGAGGAGACACAAUACCAGUCGAGAGCAAACUCGACGAAACCAGUCUACGAGCCGUCAUACAAGAAAUGACAACCGAUACAUGUCGCAGCCUCCCCUUUUCCUUAUCAGACGUCGACAACCUCGGACGACCGACGAAACCGAAUGAUAAUUCGCGGCCGAUCCGUGCCGCGCAGGCAUACGGCAUGCUCUGGCCGCUGUGGUAUAUUUUGUCCUGCGGUAUGCCGACCUCAACUCAGGCGCAACAGAUUCGCACCGUGCUCGCGCGAGUCGGAUCCUCGCUCGGCAUUAAAUUAGCUUUGAUUCUGGCUAGUGAAGCCGAACGGAUGCGUGGGGACUCGCAACCUGUCGGGACACCUGUGGUUGGUUCCUGAAUAUGGAGGAUGCUUUGUUUUGGUAAAGAUAUGCCAGAUGCGAUUUGUAUAGUUAUCGCGUGCUGUGUGAUAUAGGAGUAUCUGGACAUGCGGAUCGCCGGAUGCUCUCUACUUUACAAUUGCGGGGAUGGACCACUGGACCGUGUGUCAAAUGUGAUAUCAGAUAACGAGCCACUUACGACGAUACCAUGGGGAACUGGUGGAUAGAGAUUGUACAUAAUUAUGAUAGCUGG